AUGUACGACUACCGAUACACGACGGCAGUCUACAACAGCAUUGUCAGCCAAAUGUCACUUGCCGCUGCUUGCAAGCUUUUUAUCUGCUUUUUUCCUUUACAUUUAGCUGCACCCAGCAACCAUUCAUUUCUUAGCAGUGAUGCGCUACACCAAAAGCCGGCCGCCGAAACAAUUCCAGCUGCUUUCACGGAAAUGACCAGCUAUUUGUAUCCUCCAGAUACGCCUUCCAGAAAUCUAGCAACGGAUGUGUCACAUGCAGGAUUCGCAGAAAACAUCGGAAUUGAUGUUCUCAAUUUUGAAAUCACGCCUUAUUAUCAUCAGAUGGAUCGGCUCUUUGAUGACUGGUUGCAAACAAUCGACAAUCCCGAUCAGAGUCUAGUCUCGAAUGAGAACCUUGCCAAUGAACAAGGCAUCAUGGACUUUGAGGCCACGCUUCUCGCAGCCGAGCCGGAUGCUGCCCAAGCUGCAGCUACAACCUCCGAUGUUCACGCAGGGCAAACAAAACUGUGGAACUCGAGACUCGAUAGCGACACAAUUUCAGCUUUUAUUUCGAAAAACGCUCAAUUCAGUGAACUGCAGCCGGCUGCUGAUUUGGAGCAGACGAAGCACAUUCAGCAGAAGCCUGUCACCUUCUGUGGCAAAACAGCGAUGCUCAACAAUCCUCUUCUUACUUACGCUACAGCACAGCUCCCUUCAGAUCCAAUGGAUAUAUUCAGAACCAACCGUGGAUCCAGAGAUCUCGCUUCGAUUUCUUCCACUGAGUUUAAUAGCAAAUCACUUUCAACACUUUUGCAAAGCCCCACCACUGAUAAACUCGGAACAGAUGCAACAUGCCUGCACGGUUCCGCCAGCGAUUCAGGUGCAUGCUCUAUGCCAAGAUCCGUCGAUUCAGAACUUCCUACAGAUCCAUGCACAUCACAUUGCGCUACUGGUGGUGCGACAGUAUCAGAACUUUUUAUCGUGAGAAGUUCUGCUGCUUGUAAUCCAGAUACAUCAGACAAAUACUUCGUCAACAGACUGCCAGAAGGAAAAUCAAAACUUCGUGCUUUGCUCUGCUCUAACCCGCUUCCUCCUGUCGUGAAUGAUGUACCAAUUGGUAAACCGAGUAUGACCGCACCAGUACACUUUAUCACCAAACAAUCGACCAGUUCCAAAAAACUAGGCAAAAAACUAUCCAUUUCUCAGUCAGCUCCUACCCAAAACUCAGUUCGAACUGGGUUAACCACAGUUGCAUCGGUCGGGCUCAUCUGCACUGCGCAGCCCUCAACAAGCAAUAGCACGAAAUCAACCAAAUGGUUCACAUGCGGAAGAUGUGGCAAGCUAUUUCUUGCCUACGUCGUUUUCAAAAAACAUCUUAACAGCCAUAACAAGAAAGGCGAAUAUCGAUGCAACUGGCCUGAGUGCGGCAUUCUCGAAACAGGCUACAGGCGCCUUUCACGACACUAUGUGGAACAUUUGUCGGGGAGCGAUUUGUACCCAUGUGACACUUGCGGUAAAGUUUACGACAGAUGGUGUGCUUUGACCAUGCACAAGCAAGCAGUGCAUACGAAAGGAGGUGAAUUUUGUUCCCGGAAUUAA